AUGUCAAAGAAAACAACGACGAUCUCAACGACUUCAACAACAACUCAUGUGGUGGAGACUAUUCCUACAAAUUUUACUCCCUCAAGAACGACAUUUCUACAUGAGUCGCUAAAUAAUUACAACAUCUCUGUCGAUAGUAUCUUUGUGGAUGCGAUUCUAGUCAUUUCUUCCUCUAACGCAUUUUUGUAUCGAUGGAUGGAGAGCAAUGAAGUUGGCGGUGAAAGUGUAGACCAGUUGAAGAUUUCUUCUGAUGGUUACAACCAGUAUGGAUCGUGUUCUGCCAUUUACAAAGGACAUGCUUUGUUCUUCGGUGGACAAGGGCGUCUCGCACGUUCAAUUCACCUCUUAACCGGUUGUUCUAUAAUUCCGAUAUCUGGAGAACUGCCCAUACCGAUGAGUUUUCAUUCUUGCUCAGUAAGCUUCGACGCUGUUUACCUGUGCGGUGCAUGGGAAGAUAGGAGAGCUUGCUACAUCUUUGACGAUGAUAGAAUUAGAGCGAUUCAAGGCACUAAAAGUGGGCAUACACUUGCGGCUAUGGUCACUUACAGAAUGUACCCUGUUAUUAUCGCUGGCCAAGACGUGUACGACGAAUAUACAAACAAAGUAGAGGUUUAUGGAGGGUAUGAAUGGAAUUACGGAGCAGACCUACCAACAAACUUACGUUUUCAUUCUGCUAUUGCUAUCCACGAGAAAAUAUUCGUUUUUGGAGGCUACUUUUAUGGAAUCAAGGACUUCGUCAUCGAGUAUGACGGAUACAGAUGGCGACGCAGAUCAAGUUUAGUCGAACCACGUUAUGACCAUUCUAGCGUUCGAAUCGGAUCAAGAAUCUUUCACGUUGGAUCGUCACGAACAAACAUGCCUAUUGAAAGCUGGGAUGCAAUUUCAGAUGAGCGAAAAGAUAGUUCCAGUUAUUUGUACGGUGUCAAGCGACCAUUUCUUCUGCCUGUCAAAUUCUCAGACUUUGGCUCCUGCUUCUAA